GUGCGACCGUCGACGGCGGAAGCGUCGAACCGUCGGCCGUCAUCGAAAGGGCCAGCACGACCGCGAGAGCACUUGAACAUGGCUGCCGCAGGUUUGCGCUCUUCGGUUCGUCUGUCGAGACACGUCUGAUCUCAAAUCUGCUCUUUUUCAUGUGAACACGAUCGAUCGAGACAUCGAUCGACCUCGCGAUCGGUACAUUGCUCGUUGGAACAGCAAGAUCAGGACGGGGUGAAGCAAUGACACUUUUCCACUUUUUCAAUUGUGCGGCCCUGACGUUUGGGCCCCACGCCGUGUACUAUCAGGCCACUCCGUUAUCGGAGUAUGACACUGUGGGAUCGUGCAUUAGAGCGGCCCUUGUGUACCUCGGGACCACUCUUAUCAAGUUGGUAUGUUUGGCAACGUUUUUGCACGGCACGGAAAGCGAAGGCUUCGAUUUUACGCAGGAGAUUCUGAAGGCCCUCAUUGGCUUCUUGGAUGUGGCUGGACUUUACUUUGCCCUUACGCAACUUACUUACAGAAAUAUAUCUCAAACUCACAAGUUUCAAGCAAUUGGUCUCGGAUGGGCAUUUGCAGACUCGUUGGUACAUAGAUUAGCUCCACUGUGGGUUGGCGCAAGGGGUUUGGAGUUCACUUGGGACUACCUUUUGAAAGGACUUGAGUCAAAUGCUAAUCUGGUUUUCACAGUCUGUUUGGCAGCACUCGGCUCUUUGAUGUGGCUGAGGAAGAACAAGCCUGCGACCCUAGUUCCCAUCAUAUAUGCAAGUGCUGGUCUUGUUGCUACGAUGCCUUCAAUCACCAGUUACUUGCGUAAGGGACUGCACUGGGAUUUCUCCAAAGUUGUGGGCUUUGAGCUCGCCGCUUCUCUAGCAAUGGCCUUCGUUACAUGGCGACUUUUCAGCGCAUGCCAAAGACCUUCCUAGACAAAGGCUUUGCGUGUCAUAUUCUUCUUGUUUUGUUCCUGCUACGUAAUGAAACAACAGGUUACUCCCAUUUUUUCAGCCUGUACUGUAACGCAUUUGUCUUAUUCACAUCUGAAGAUUGGUCGU